AAAACACACACACACACAUUGAAAACCCCUAAACCCAUAGUAGGAGUACUAGUAGUCGUACUUACUGGUUUCUCAAUGCCAAAAUGAGAAGAAGCUCUAGUAUCGGAAGAAAUCUCCCGUACUCCAUAAACCUAUCCAAUGCCACCGCCAAACAAACCCUAAUCCCCUACUGUACUUCCUCCGCCGGCGGCGAUGGCGGGGAUGGACGAGGACGAGGCCGGGGCAGCUUUCCUCGGUUUGACUUCACCGCACCGCGAGCUCCGGGCCAGCCACAGACCGAUGUCUCCAAACCCGAUCCUGACGAAUCUCCGUCGCCUUUAGGCCAUGGCCAUGGCCGUGGCAAACCCGUCGCUUCAUCCCCAAUUCUCCCGUCCUACUCCUCUUUCGUUUCCUCGUUCAAGCCUCCUUCUGCGGCGGCCCGGGGCGCACCUUCCGAUCCAAUUCCGGCCCCACCCGGCGCCGAACAAACGUCUCCGGAGGAGGUCAAGGUAACCGAACCCAAGAAACCCAUUUUUUUCAGAAGGGAGGAUGUUCUGGACUCUGUGCAAUCUAAUGUCCUAGAUGGCGACGUUUCGGACGCGGGGAAGAAUCGUCUCCCAGAUAAUAUCGCAUCGAUGCUGACCGGUGCAGGUAGGGGACAAAUAAGAAGGCAACCGUCGGGCCCAGAGAUACAAACUAAGGAAGUGAACCGGCAUAUUCAGCCCCCCAAGGCUCAGGGUCCGGCAACUGAAAGACGAGCAGAACUGAAAAUGAGUCCGGAGCAGGCAGUGAAGCAUGCAUUGGGGGUGUUGGCGCGGGAUUCGGACGGUGUCGAUGUUGGAGAAGGUGGAAGAGGUGGAGGUAGAGGGAUGAGAGGAAGAGGCAGCCGGGGCCGAGGAAGAGGGACCGGAAGAGGGAGGGGUAGGUUUGAGGAUUCGGAGGACGAGAACGAGAAGGCGUUGUUCGGUGACGGUGCUGAAGCGGAGAACAUGGCAGAGAAGUUGGCCGAGAAGUUUGGAACUGAAGUUAUGAGCAAAUUUACUGAAGGAUUUGAAGAGAUGGGUGAUAGGGUACUACCUUCUCCGAUUGAUGACGCCUAUCUGGAUGCUCUAGACGUGAAUUAUAAGAUAGAGUUUGAACCAGAGUAUAUGAUGGGAGAUUUUGAGAAUAACCCAGACAUAGACGAGAAGCCACCUAUUUCUCUUCGAGAUGCACUCGAGAAGGCGAAACCGUUCUUGAUGGCUUACGAGGGAAUUGAAAGCCAAGAAGAGUGGGAGGAAAUCAUGAAAGAGACAAUGGAGAGAGUACCAUUGUUGAAGGAGAUUGUUGAUUACUACAGUGGACCGAAUAGGGUUACUGCAAAGAAACAACAAGAAGAAUUAGAACGCGUUGCUAAAACUCUUCCUGUAAGGGCUCCUGAUUCUGUAAAGCAAUUCACUGAUCGUGCAGUACUUUCACUCCAGAGCAACCCUGGCUGGGGAUUUGACAAGAAAUGUCAGUUUAUGGAUAAGUUGGUGUGGCGGAUGUCGCAGCAGUACAAGUAAGCUAAAAAGUACUCAUUUUAUGGCAGAUUUUACAUGCUGAACCUGAACCGAUUACAGGGAUGGUUUGACCGUCUUAAUAGGUAAAUUUUGUGCUCAGUUAAUGCGUUCAACUUAUAUUUUUUUCAAAAGAAUUUCUUGUCAAACUAUAUUGCAUUGUGGCACACAGGAAAUGGAAAUUUUCUUAAUUUUUUAUAAUAAUAAUUUUGAUAAUGUAUUCGACAUGGCA